AUGUCUACGAAUACCAUUAAAAGUAAUGAUGGACAACAACAACUACAACAAACGAAUAUAAAUCGAUCGUCUUAUGUACAUUUAUUUGCUGGAGGGAUUGCUGGUACAUUCGGUGCUAUAUUAACAUGUCCCUUAGAAGUAAUCAAAACACGAUAUCAAUCAUCGAAAAAUGCAUUUUCUCAGGGGAGAAAUCAUCUGAAUUUGAAUUCAUCGACGAGUAAUACUACCAAUCAUUGUACACUAUCGGGCGCUAGAAGUCCAAGCAUCAUAAAUUCACUUCGUCAUAUUGUGAAAUAUGAAGGCUUUCGGGGCCUUUUUAAAGGUCUUAUACCGAAUCUAAUUGGUGUUGCACCAUCAAGAGCGAUUUAUUUCUAUGCUUAUGCAAAUACGAAAUCAUUUCUAGUUAGUGAACUGGAACGUGAAACACCUUUAGUACAUGUAACGUCAGCAGCUGUUGCAGGUAUUGCUAUGUCUACUUGUACGAAUCCAUUGUGGUUUAUUAAAACUCGACUUCAAAUUGAUCAAGGAAACAUCCGUGCGAUUGAUCUCAUUCGAAAUAUCUAUCAUGAACAUGGUAUUUCAGCAUUUUAUAAAGGCAUAUCGGCAUCGUAUGUUGGCGUAUCAGAGACCAUAGUUCACUUUGUAAUCUAUGAACAAAUAAAAGCACAAUUACAGCUAUUGCAAACAAGUCAGAAUCGCCCGUUAGACGAUACCGGUCUCUACAAUUUUUCAUCGUAUUUAAUUGCUGCAGCAUGUUCAAAAUCAUUUGCAACAACGCUAUGUUAUCCUCAUGAAGUCGUUCGAACACGUUUACGAGAAGAAGGUACAAAAUAUCGAACAUUUAUGCAAACAUUAAAAAAAGUUUAUUAUGAAGAAACCAUCGCUGGUUUGUAUCGUGGUUUACUCACUCAUCUUAUUCGACAGAUUCCAAAUACAGCUAUUAUGAUGGCUACAUAUGAACUUGUUAUUGCAUUCCUUCAAUCCAAUUCGAUCGUUCCACCGCCGCCUACACCAGUUGUAGUAACCACUUUUCAAAGAAAAAAAGUCCUCGUCGAAAAUGUUGAUCUCGAAGCCAAUGCAGUCAAUGAAGCAGAAUUAUAA